GCGGAUAACCAGACGAGCGGGCACACUGGCCAGCGGCGAGUAGGCGCGUCGAAUUGACUGUUCGUCGAUAUGCCGGGUCGCACGGGCAGUACUGUGACAACUGUUGUGCGCACCCUUGCCACGGUCAUCCCUCUCCUCGUCCUCGUCAUUCGAUCUGCCACCCCUCCUCGUCCUUCGUCUUGCCGUCCCUUCCAUCCCUCGCUUGUCAGGUUAGAUGCGCAUCGCGCAGGCCCGAGUUUGCCUGGCCGACUUGACGUGCGGUCGGGCAGGCG